GGCAUUGUGCGCGCACCAGCAGCCCGGCCCGGGAGGAGCAGGACGCGCCGGGGCCGCCUCCUCCCGCACGGACCCAUGAACCAGCCGGGCGGCGCGGCGGCUCCGCAGGCUGACGGAGCCAGUGCAGCUGGAAGGAAAAGCACUGCAAGCAGGGAGCGCUUGAAGCGCAGCCAGAAGAGCACCAAGGUGGAGGGCCCAGAGCCGGUGCCGGCUGAGGCUUCGCUGAGUGCCGAGCAGGGGACGAUGACCGAGGUGAAGGUGAAGACGGAGCUGCCCGAUGACUACAUCCAGGAGGUGAUCUGGCAGGGCGAGGCCAAGGAGGAGAAGAAGGCGGUUGGCAAGGAUGGGACCGGCGACGUGCCUGCCGAGAUCUGCGUGGUGAUCGGUGGUGUCCGCAACCAGCAGACCCUUGAUGGAAAAGCGCCCGAAGGCAGCCCCCACGGUGGAUCUGUGCGAAGCCGGUAUUCAGGGACCUGGAUUUUUGACCAAGCAUUGAGAUAUGCAUCUGGGUCCUAUGAGUGUGGAAUCUGUGGCAAGAAGUACAAGUAUUACAACUGCUUCCAGACCCACGUGCGGGCACACCGAGACACUGAAGCCACCUCUGGGGAGGGAGCCUCCCAAAGCAACAAUUUCAGGUACACGUGUGACAUCUGCGGGAAGAAGUACAAAUACUACAGCUGUUUCCAAGAGCACCGAGACCUGCACGCAGUGGAUGUGUUUAGCGUGGAAGGGGCCCCUGAGAAUCGCGCAGACCCCUUCGACCAAGGCGUCGUGGCCACUGACGAGGUGAAGGAGGAGCCCCCGGAACCGUUCCAGAAAAUCGGGCCAAAAACUGGCAAUUACACCUGUGAAUUCUGCGGGAAGCAGUACAAGUACUACACGCCCUACCAGGAGCACGUGGCCUUGCACGCCCCCAUCAGUACUGCCCCCGGGUGGGAGCCGCCGGACGAUCCAGACACAGGCUCUGAGUGUUCACAUCCAGAGGUCUCCCCAUCUCCACGCUUCGUGGCAGCGAAGACCCAGACGAACCAGUCGGGGAAAAAAGCUCCGGCCUCCGUGGUCCGAUGCGCCACCCUCUUACACCGCACCCCUCCAGCCACCCAAACCCAGACGUUCCGCACUCCAAAUUCGGGAUCUCCAGCAAGCAAGGCAACUGCAGCAGAAAGCGCUUUUAGUCGGAGAGUAGAAGGCAAAGCACAGAACCACUUUGAGGAGACGAACAGCAGCUCUCAGAACUCCAGCGAACCCUACACCUGCGGCGCCUGCGGGAUCCAGUUCCAGUUCUACAACAACCUGUUGGAGCACAUGCAGUCCCAUGCAGCUGACAAUGAAAACAACAUCGCCUCCAACCAGUCCCGAUCGCCACCCGCUGUUGUGGAAGAGAAGUGGAAACCGCAGGCCCAGAGGAACAGUGCCAAUAACACCACUACCAGUGGUUUAACACCCAACAGCAUGAUCCCCGAGAAGGAGCGGCAGAACAUCGCAGAGCGGCUGCUGCGGGUCAUGUGCGCCGACCUGGGUGCGCUGAGCGUGGUCAGCGGGAAGGAGUUCCUAAAGUUGGCCCAGACCUUGGUAGACAGUGGCGCCCGCUAUGGGGCCUUCUCGGUCACCGAGAUCCUGGGCAACUUCAACACGCUGGCGCUGAAGCACCUGCCGCGCAUGUACAACCAGGUGAAGGUAAAGGUGACCUGUGCCUUGGGCAGCAACGCCUGCCUGGGCAUUGGCGUCACCUGCCAUUCGCAGAGUGUCGGCCCCGACUCCUGCUACAUCCUCACGGCCUACCAGGCCGAGGGCAACCACAUCAAGAGCUACGUGCUGGGCGUGAAGGGCGCGGACAUUCGUGACAGCGGCGACCUGGUGCACCACUGGGUGCAGAACGUGCUGUCGGAGUUCGUGAUGUCGGAGAUCAGGACAGUGUACGUGACGGAUUGCCGCGUGAGCGCGUCCGCCUUCUCCAAGGCCGGCAUGUGCCUUCGCUGCUCAGCCUGUGCCUUGAACUCGGUGGUGCAGAGCGUGCUGAGCAAGCGGACGCUGCAGGCCCGCAGCAUGCACGAGGUCAUCGAGCUGCUCAACGUGUGCGAGGACCUGGCGGGCUCCACAGGCCUCGCCAAGGAGACCUUUGGGUCGCUAGAGGAGACGUCGCCGCCGCCCUGCUGGAACUCAGUGACGGACUCGCUGCUGCUGGUGCACGAGCGCUACGAGCAGAUCUGCGAGUUCUACAGCCGGGCCAAGAAGAUGAACCUCAUUCAGAGCCUCAACAAACACCUGCUGAGCAACCUGGCGGCCAUCCUGACGCCGGUGAAGCAGGCCGUCAUCGAGCUGAGCAACGAGAGCCAGCCCACCCUGCAGCUCGUGCUGCCCACCUACGUCAGGCUGGAGAAGCUGUUCACGGCCAAGGCCAACGACGCGGGCACCGUCAGCAAGCUGUGCCACCUCUUCCUGGAGGCGCUCAAGGAGAACUUCAAAGUGCACCCGGCCCACAAGGUGGCCAUGAUCUUGGACCCACAGCAGAAGCUGCGGCCCGUGCCGCCCUACCAGCACGAGGAGAUCAUCGGCAAGGUGUGCGAGCUCAUCAACGAGGUGAAGGAGUCCUGGACCGAGGAGGCCGACUUCGAGCCCAGCGCCAAGAAGCCCCGCUCCGCCACCGGCGACAACCCCGCAGCUCAGGAAGACGACCGGCUGGGGAAAAACGAAGUGUACGAUUACCUGCAGGAACCCCUCUUCCAGGCCACCCCCGAUCUCUUCCAGUACUGGUCGUGCGUCACCCAGAAGCACACAAAACUCGCCAAGCUCGCCUUCUGGCUCCUGGCGGUCCCAGCCGUGGGGGCCAGAAGCGGGUGUGUAAAUAUGUGUGAACAAGCACUUCUAAUCAAAAGGAGGCGACUGCUCAGUCCAGAAGAUAUGAACAAACUCAUGUUUCUGAAAUCCAACAUGCUUUAAGGCUUCGGGG